AGGCCCUGAGUGGCUGCUGUAGUUUCCUGUGUGUCAGACUUCCAGUAAUGAUUAGUGUCACUUUUACCUCCCCAUGCCGUCACAGUGUGUGUCAACACGCUUUCUUCUGACACUUAACGGCAUCAAGACCAAACCAAGGAGUAUAUUCAGCGAAACUCAAGAGGUUUGCAAUGGUGCAAUGUCUGGUGUUCACACUGCUCUGGGUCUGUGCUGUGGCACUGCUUUCCCUUGGGAGUACAGAGAGAGUAUCUCAAACGACUGAGCCAAGGUUCUCUAGGAGCACAGACCCGACGGCUGAGACAGUUACUUUAGGACCAGUUGAGACCCAAAGCCCUGAUACACACACACAUCAGAGCAUAGAAGAAGAACAAGAACCACUUCCCUCAGACCCCUGUCAGGAUGACGAGUUGGAUAAGAGGGUGUACCAGAGGGAUUCUCAUGGUGUUAUGCAGCUGGUUCAGGGAGAGGACUACAAAAACACUUGCAACCUAUCAGACACUCCAGGUGAACAGGCCCACUGUCUUAUCUACCCUACCAAUCAACUCAACUGCUCCUGGAAUUUCCAUGGUCUCCCUAACGACAGCCAAUUCUACACCUCCGUCUUUGUGUGUAAGAAAACUGAGAGAAUCUCCAGUGUGGACUGUGUCACUGAGGCCAUAGGAGGCCAAGGAGCCCAGGGAGGGACUGGAAAGGCUGACCGUGUGGUUGGAAAUGUGUCUGCUGGGUGCCAAGGCAGUGUGGACAACAGCGCCACCUCGGUGAUCCUGACUUUCAACGUGUCAUGCUCUGACGUGUGGGGCAUCUACACCCAUAAAUACCAGAUCAAAGAUAUUGAUGUGCUGCGCCCGCCUCCCGACAUCAACCCAGCCUGGGUCAGAGAGGGGGUUCUGCUGGUGCAGUGGGGUCUCCCAUCCAGCCGGUCACGCAACAGAGCCAGCUGCUUCCACUACCAGCUACAGAUCAAUGACGAGGUAAGGGACUUUAAGGAUGGACUGACAUACAAUGAGACCAACUUAGACCCCACACAUUCACACGAUGUGAAGAUGAGGGUGAGGAAGAGUAAAACCUGCAGAGGAUCUCAACACUGGAGCAGCUGGAGCAACACCACCAAGGUGGCCCCGUUUGAAUUUCCCAAUCAGCUGAACUCUCUGGUGGUCGUUGGCAUCGCUCUGGGAAUACCCAUGAUCCUCCUGUCUCUGCUGCUGCUGAUUCGACUCCAGAGGGAACGUCUGUUUCCCCACAUCCCUGGUCCCCCACUGAAGAUUAAACACCUCUUGGAGAGAGACGACCAGUUUCAGUUUGUCCCUCAGGCCCUGCAGCCCAAAUUUGUUGAGGAGAUCACAGUGGUGGAGGAAGCUAAGGAAACACCUGUGAAUUUGGCCAGUUAAACAAGAUGGCCUGUUUAAAGCCCAAUCAUCCUAAUUCCCUAGAGUGGAUGCUACUUAUUGACAUGCAUUGUUCUUACAUGCUUAUUAGUGUCUACUCAAUUGUUGUAAUGUGCUCAGCUUCUUACCAGUGUUGUAGUUCUCAAGACCGAGACCAGUCCAGUCUUGAGACCACAUAUUGGUCUUGUCUUGGUGUCAGCUACAUUCGUACUUGGUCGUGACUCGGUCUCAGACAGUGAAGACUCAUCAUUUCUUCCCUAGACCAGCGGAGUAAAAACACUCAAACAUAUACACUCCUUUCUUGAAACAUUAUCUUAACAACCUUUAUCUAUUAUAGACAUGUUUACGCAGUGGUGAACCUAUAGGUCUUCAGGGUGUGACAGGUUAGGACAGUGGUGAACCUAUAGGUCUUCAGUGUGUGUGUGACAGGUUAGUACAGUGGUGAACCUAUAGGUCUUCAGUGUGUAACAGGUUAGUACAGUGGUGAACCUAUAGGUCUUCAGUAUGUGACAGGUUAGUACAGUGGUGAACCUAUAGGCCUUCAGUGUGACAGGUUAGUACAGUGGUGAACCUAUAGGUCUUCAGUGUGUGACAGGUUAGUACAGUGGUGAACCUAUAGGUCUUUAGUGUGUAACAGGUUAGUACAGUGGUGAACCUAUAGGUCUUUAGUGUGUAACAGGUUAGUACAGUGGUGAACCUAUAGGCCUUCAGUGUGACAGGUUAGUACAGUGGUGAACCUAUAGGUCUUCAGUGUGUGACAGGUUAGUACAGUGGUGAACCUAUAGGUCUUUAGUGUGUAACAGGUUAGUACAGUGGUGAAUCUAUAGGCCUUCAGUGUGUAACAGGUUAAUACAGUGGUGAACCUAUAGGCCUUCAGUGUGUAACAGGUUAGUACAGUGGUGAACCUAUAGGCCUUCAGUGUGUAACAGGUUAAUACAGUGGUGAACCUAUAGGUCUUCAGUGUGUAACAGGUUAAUACAGUGGUGAACCUAUAGGUCUUCAGUGUGUAACAGGUUAAUACAGUGGUGAACCUAUAGGUCUUCAGUGUGUAACAGGUUAAUACAGUGGUGAACCUAUAGGACUUCAGUGUGUAACAGGUUAAUACAGUGGUGAACCUAUAGGUCUUCAGUGUGUAACAGGUUAAUACAGUGGUGAACCUAUAGGUCUUCAGUGUGUAACAGGUUAAUACAGUGGUGAACCUAUAGGUCUUCAGUGUGUAACAGGUUAAUACAGUGGUGAACCUAUGUGUGUAACAGGUUAAUACAGUGGUGAACCUAUAGGCCUUCAGUGUGUAACAGGUUAAUACAGUGGUGAACCUAUAGGCCUUCAGUGUGUAACAGGUUAAUAAAGUGGUGAACCUAUAGGUCUUCAGUGUGUAACAGGUUAAUACAGUGGUGAAUCUAUAGGCCUUCAGUGUGUGACAGGUUAGUACAGUGGUGAACCUAUAGGCCUUCAGUGUGUAACAGGUUAAUACAGUGGUGAACCUAUAGGUCUUCAGUGUGUAACAGGUUAGUACAGUGGUGAACCUAUAGGACUUCAGUGUGUAACAGGUUAAUACAGUGGUGAACCUAUAGGCCUUCAGUGUGUAACAGGUUAAUACAGUGGUGAACCUAUAGGUCUUCAGUGUGUAACAGGUUAGUACAGUGGUGAACCUAUAGGACUUCAGUGUGUAACAGGUUAAUACAGUGGUGAACCUAUAGGCCUUCAGUGUGUAACAGGUUAAUACAGUGGUGAACCUAUAGGUCUUCAGUGUGUAACAGGUUAGUACAGUGGUGAACCUAUAGGACUUCAGUGUGUAACAGGUUAAUACAGUGGUGAACCUAUAGGCCUUCAGUGUGUAACAGGUUAAUACAGUGGUGAACCUAUAGGUCUUCAGUGUGUAACAGGUUAAUACAGUGGUGAACCUAUAGGCCUUCAGUGUGUAACAGGUUAAUACAGUGGUGAACCUAUAGGCCUUCAGUGUGUAACAGGUUAAUACAGUGGUGAACCUAUAGGCCUUCAGUGUGUGACAGGUUAGUACAGUGGUGAACCUAUAGGCCUUCAGUGUGUAACAGGUUAGUACAGUGGUGAACCUAUAGGACUUCAGUGUGUAACAGGUUAAUACAGUGGUGAACCUAUAGGCCUUCAGUGUGUAACAGGUUAAUACAGUGGUGAACCUAUAGGUCUUCAGUGUGUAACAGGUUAAUACAGUGGUGAACCUAUAGGCCUUCAGUGUGUAACAGGUUAAUACAGUGGUGAACCUAUAGGUCUUCAGUGUGUAACAGGUUAAUACAGUGGUGAACCUAUAGGUCUUCAGUGUGUAACAGGUUAAUACAGUGGUGAACCUAUAGGCCUUCAGUGUGUAACAGGUUAAUACAGUGGUGAACCUAUAGGCCUUCAGUGUGUAACAGGUUAAUACAGUGGUGAACCUAUAGGCCUUCAGUGUGUAACAGGUUAAUACAGUGGUGAACCUAUAGGUCUUCAGUGUGUAACAGGUUAGUACAGUGGUGAACCUAUAGGACUUCAGUGUGUAACAGGUUAAUACAGUGGUGAACCUAUAGGCCUUCAGUGUGUAACAGGUUAAUACAGUGGUGAAGCUAUAGGUCUUCAGUGUGUAACAGGUUAGUACAGUGGUGAACCUAUAGGACUUCAGUGUGUAACAGGUUAAUACAGUGGUGAACCUAUAGGCCUUCAGUGUGUAACAGGUUGGUGAUUCUGAAAGGACACCACUGUACUAACCUGUCACACACUGAAGACCUAUAGGUGGUGUAGUGGAGUAUAUGCAGGUAUUUGUUCAGUGGGCAUUGCCUAUACUCACUUAAUCCUAUUGAUGCGUAUCAAAGUGGUGUAGGAGGCAGUGGCGACCCAUCAUUAAGGGCAGUUCUUCAGUCCCACCUGUUUAGCAGGGGGUGUGCCUGUUUUGCAUGUUAUUUUGUCAUUAAUAUGUGUCACAUAUCAGUUUGAAAAAAAUGAAUGAGUUAAUAAAGCUUCAUACAAACAUGG